AUGAAAAUUAGGUAUGAUUUGUUAUCCAGAAAGUAUAGUGUUGUGGAAUUUGUUGCUGAUCAUACCCAUGUGACUUCAACUCCUAGUAAGACCCAUCUUUUUAGGUCUCAUGGGAAAAUCUCUCUUGCACAAAUUGUUCAAGCUGAUAUGGCUUACGAUUCAGGAAUCAAUCCAAAAAAAACUCUUGAACUAUUGAGUAGACAAGCUGGUGGACGUGAGCAUUUGGGAUUUAUUCCAGAAGAUUAUAGGAAUUAUUUACGUUCAAAGCAAACAAGAGAAAUGAAGUCAGGGGAUACUGGUGGUGUUUUAGAAUAUGUACAAAGAAUGCAGUUGAAUGAUCCAAAUUUUGUUUAUGCAAUACAAGUGGAUGAGGAUGAUUUGAUAACCAAUAUUUUCUGGGCUGAUGCAAAGAUGAUGGUAGACUAUGAUUACUUUGGUGAUGUAGUAUGUUUUGAUACCACUUACAAGAAAAAUAAAGAAGGCAGACCUUUUGCGAUGUUUGUUGGUGUCAAGAAUCAUAAGCAAACACUUAUAUUUGCUAAGCAUCUUAGUAAUGUGACGUUUGAGAAAUUUAAGGAUUUUGCUGAAGACUUUAGCAGUAUCAUAUAUGAUUAUGAAGAUGUUGAAGACUUUUUAAUUGCUUGGAAGAAGAUGCUUGAAAAAUACAAUCUCCAAGAAAAUAAAUGGUUAGGCCGGUUAUUUGAUUUGAAGGAGAAAUGGGCUUUAGUUUAUGGGCGAGAAACAUUCUGCGCAGAUAUUACCACCACCCAACGCAGCGAAAGCAUGAAUAAUUCUAUCAAGAAGUAUGUGAGUUACAAGUAUGAUUUGCUGCGAUUUUUUCGUCACUUUCAGAGAUUACUUGAUGACCGUCGUUAUAAUGAGUCAGUAGCAGAUUUUAAAGCAAGUCAGACCACUCCUGCAUUGUCAUUCCCAGUGAAAAUAUUAAGGAAUGCAGCAAAAGUGUACACACCAGCAGUGUUUCAAUGGUUCCAAGUUGAGUUGUGUAAAGCUCAUGACUGUACCUUGAAGUUAUUUGGUGAGAUUGGAACGAUGCGCAUAUAUGAAGUUAUCGCUCAUGGAAAGCGUUUCCACCAUACAAUUCUCUCGACAAAUAAUAUCAAGACCAUUCCUAGUCAACACAUCUCAAAGAGAUGGAUAAAGGAUAUUAGAGAUCAAAGAGCAAAGGUGUCUUGUCCAAAUGCAAAUGAUGAUGACCAGAAAGCAAAAAUAGCAAGGCUUUACAGAGAAUUGGCUCGAUUACAUACUGAACUUGCAACAAGUACUGCUGAAUCUGAUGAAGCUUAUGAAAUUGCUACAGUGGCCCUUCACAAGACAUUAGCAGAUGUUAAGGCAUCUUUAAAGAAAAAGAUCAAUCAAGAAGCACCUCAAGUUGCCUCACCGAUCAUCAAUAGUGCACUUGAGGUUAUUUUUGAUAAUUUUGAUGAUCAUAGGGUCAGAGGAAUCAAGGUUAAAGAAAGAAUUGUUCGUAAGGAGGAAUUUGUUAGACCAAAGAAUGCUCUGGAAAAGCUUUUAGGAAACAAAAGGCAUAAGAAAGAGGUAGAUACUUAUCGAGACACCAAAGAGAACCAAAAUUAG